AUGAGCUGGUUUGAUGCUGCUGGCCUUGCCAACAUUGCCAAAUCCGCUUUGAAGGAAGCCCAAAGGACGAUAGAUAAAGCGUUAGAUAUCAAAGAAGAUGAUCCGACAGUCGUUCCUGUUAAUACGCCCGUCGAUCCCAACUCGGAAGAUUUCUUCGGUACUUGGGGUGCAAUACAACACAGUUCGAAACAAGAUAUCAAAAAGCCUAUGAUAGGUAAAGCUUCGAAGGAUAAUAGAACUUCUGGCAGCAUUUGGGGCUCCUUUACUGGCUCGUUCUUUGAAAACGCAAACGAACAAGAAGCAAGCAAAUCAGAUUCUAUCACCAGCUUAGAUGACACUCUGGAUAGCGUAGAACCUUUUAGUCAAAGCAAACUAGUCGUACAAAAUGUUGAAGACGUAGAUAAUCAAUUAAUUGGCCUCACUCAAAGCGAGGAAACUAUAAACAAUGCUAAAAACACAACGCUUGCUAAGACUAGUGAUGAAAUCACUGUUAAUUUACUCGAAAAUGAUCCAAGUGGUGAAAAUUCAAUUGCAGGUGACAGGGAAUUACAAUCUACUUCACAAAAUAGGUUGUCAGUGUUGAGUGCAGAAAGUACUAAAAAUAGUUCGGAAAGUGCUGAUAUUAUUACAUGCAGUACUGAUUAUAUGACCAGUCCCGAAUCCGAAAUGCUAUCUACUGCUAUAUCUUCUUCUAGUUCAGCCCUAGGAUUUCAACCUGCGUCAGAUUCUGUAGAAAUAUUGGGAGAUAGUUUAACGAGUCCUAGUUCUGUUGAAAUAAUCGGUACUAACAGCACAAACAGCCGGCGACAAUCCGAUUACACAGACGAUGUCGAGGUGGUUUCUCCUACAUCACCUUGGCCCGAAGAAGAAAAAUACCACUCGGUGGAUAAAUUGUCCCCGGAAAGCGUCGAAAUAAUCCAAGAAGAUCAGGACGAGAACAGCAUAGCCGAAGACACGAUGUCCUACACCUCCGUGUCCGAAAGCACUUCGGCUACAGUACUCGACACGGCUCUUAACGCCCACCUUAGGCCGCAAAAGAUGCUUAAAGACACUUUCGGUUUGCAGGAAACUGUGAACGAACGCGACCUUAACACGAAUUAUAAUUACCUCGACGCGAUUACGAGAGCGCCCAGCAGGAGCACGAUGCAAUUGCCUUUAACGCAAGUUUUAAUCGACACUCAACCGCAGAGCGUCAAGCAAGAAUUACCGGAUAUUCUACAAAAAACUAACGUAAUAGAUAUUCCUUUGGAAUCGGAUAACGCUAGUUCUAGUGAAAACCAAAUGGAUAUUUCCACGGACGAGAGUUCGCAGUCGGAUAAAACGAUCACAGCUAGCGAUAAUAUAAUGGAAAGCAGCAGCGAUACUUCUACUACAACGGAAACGAGCAGCAAGUCCGCUUAUUUGAAAAGCCUACUAGCAGAUGCGAUGACGGAAAAAAGCGGAUCCGAUCAACAGAGCUCCCCGAAAACCACAGAUUCUAGUCAAAAAUACCUAUUAGAAAGCAUCUCGCUUUCUUCCACGGAAGCCAUACCUCGGGAGAAUUCUUCCAUCAGCUCGGAAAGUCGAUCGGACUUGGUGAAAAUCGGGUCAGAUCACACAUCCGGGCACACGUCCGGAGACGAAUUAGAAACGACCACUUCCUCGGACAUCGAAAUCAUCUCCAGUCCUAACGGUGAUUCGAGCAGCACGCAAAGCAGGCAAAGCCCCGCCAAGCAGACUUCAAUGCAAUGCAAAACCUCCUACAGCGCCGGCGAUUCGUUACUCAACAAAGUAACCGGCAAGAAAGUAAAAGGCCACACUAGGGAGUUGUCAGAAGCGUCCAGCAUCAGCGACGAUCUGCACCCGCCCGAAGUCGACAGGCUGCUGAAGAAGAUAGCGGAAAUCACCGAGAUUCUGGAAUCGAGGGAGUCGAAGCUGAUCGAUCUGAAUAGGAGGAACGCCGAGUUGCAGGAGCAAAACGGCGCUCUGCGUUCGCAGCUGAACGCGAUCGUCAAUCAGCAAUUGGAAUCCGCCGAUUUGUCGCAGGUGACCGAAGAGUACACCCAAAGAAUGUCGGCGUUGGAGAAGAAAUUCCAGCAGGCCAUUCGCGAGAAGGACGGCUUGAGAAAGCAAUUGGACCAGUUGAAAUUGGAGGCGGCGAGCCGCAUGAGCAAAGGCGAAACCGACAGUUUGAUAGCCGAAAAGGACGAAAUCAUCAAGGAACUGAGGGAGGAGGGCGAGAAAUUGUCCAAGCAGCAAUUGCAACAUUCCAAUAUCAUUAAAAAGCUGCGAGCCAAGGAGAAGGAGCACGAGAACUCCAUUAAGCAUCUGAGGGAGAGCGUUGAAAGUCUAUCCACUGAAUCCGAGAGAUUGAAGAAGUCCCUCGCGGCCAAAGACGAGGUAGAAAGGACCCAAAUAGAAGCCGUGCACCAAUUGACUUCCAAAAAUAAAAAACAAGAAGCCGAAAUUAACAAGCUGAAAGGGCAAUUGGACGAUUUGACGCAGAAGUACGAUACCAGCAAGAAAUCGUUAGAUGCCGCUAAAAAGGAGCUUCAAGAAAAAACCAGGGCCAGUUCGGAACUGCAAAUGCGAGAACAGCUGCUCGAUUCGUUGGAAGAUCAAAAGAAAUUGACCGAAACUCAAAAUUCCGAGCUUUUAAACCAAUUGGAUGAUUUGCGGCAACGACUGAGACAGUGCGAAGAAGAUAACGGUAAAAACGAAGAAAAAUUCAGGGAAGAAAAACGCAAAUUACUGAAAAAAUUGGAGCAAGCUGAAGCAAGAAACGAAGAAUUAAGUCAAUCCGUACUGGAAGUCAGCAAACCCCUAAUCCGCCAAUUGGAUUCACUCCAAGCGACCCACUGCAUGAAAUUGGCCAGUUUCGAAAAGAUCGAAGAGGAAUUAACCCUAAAAAUAACGGAGUUACAAACGAAAUUACAAAACUCCUCCAGCUCGGAGAGAUCGAUCAGAGACGAAUGCGUCCAAUUGCGCUCGAAAUUCUCGGAGCUGGACAGCCAGUUGGGCAGCAGUCGCCACAAAAUCGAACUCCUAGAAAUGGAAUUGCAACAGAAACACGCCGAGCACAUUAUGAAAGAACAAGAACUCACCAGCAAAGUCGACACUUUGAACGCUUCGAUUAGAAGCUGUAAGGAAACCAUCGCCGAAAAGGAGAAGGAAAUUAGCGAUUUGCAGCAUUUGUUAAACAUCGAAAAGGCUACAUCAGAGUCGGAGAAGAAACCGAACUUCGCUGUACAGGAGCAAGACAAUUCUAAUAACCCGCCCGAUCGUAAAAUAUCGCGCACAAGCAACAGCUCGCCUACGUUGAGCUUGGGCAAAGGCUCCGUCGCCGGUUCUAUGACGGGUUCGUUCUGGUCUCAAGACGAGCCGUUCGACAUCGGCGCCACGCCUCGCUACACGAACAUGUUCGAGAUGCAGAUGCUCCAGUCGAACUUGAAGCAGCGCGACGGGGAGCUGCAGCAGCUGCAGUGGGAGCUCCAUCGACGCGAGCAGGAGCGUUCGCUGUUGAACAACGAGAUAUCCGCGCUGUUGACGCGAUUGGAGGACCUGGAGGGGCGCGUGGCGGAUCACGACGGUUUGAAGUCGAAGUUCACGGAGCUGGAGCAGCAGUACGAGACGUUGUGCCAGUUGUACGGGGAGAAAGUGGAGCAGAACGAGGAGCUGAAAUUGGAUCUGGAAGACGUGAAGGAUAUGUAUAAGGGUCAGAUCGAUGAGUUGCUGCGUCAGCAGAGGCGCAGCGCCGCUGCUAGUAGUACGUAG